AUGGACAUCUACUGCCGUGGACCGCUGCUCCAUGCAGUGCAGAUGGCCAACGUCUUCUCGGACAGCAAGUACUUCGUCGACAUGCCAAUCAAAGACAACAGCAGCGCCUUCGAUAUCCUCAUGGAUUUCCAGCGCCGUGGACUGGCGAUGACCGAGUAUCGGCCGAAUGUCCACGACACCCACGAGCAGCAGCUUCGGCGCUUCGUCGACGAUCACUUCGACCCACCAGGCACGGAUCUGCUCCCGAUCACGCCCUUCGACUUCCAGGGGCAGUCGCACCCGCCCAUGAUCGCUGAAAUCCAAGACGACGAGCUUCGAGACUGGGCGUUUGAUCUGCACCGGAUCUGGCAAACCCUGGGCCGCAUCCGUAACCCGAACGUGAGAGGGUCGCUCCUUCGGGCGCGAAAGCUGGAGGAGCCGAGCCUGAACCGACCUGCCAAUGUGCUGAUCGUGCCUGGCGGGCGCUUUCGAGAGAGCUACUACUGGGACUCGUACUGGAUCGUUCAAGGGCUCUUGGUGAGCGACAUGCCGAUCACGGCGCGAGGAAUCGUGGACCACCUGCUCGAGUACGUGUCCGAGUUUGGGUUCGUGCCGAACGGAGGGAGAAUCUACUACUUGACUCGGUCCCAGCCGCCCAUGCUCUCGGAUAUGGUGAAGCUGGUCGCUCGUUUUCCUACGAACGGCAACGAGAGUGGGUACGAUGAGGGGUAUCUGCGUGCUGCAUUGCCCAUUCUGGAGCGCGAGUACGACUUCUGGAUGCAACACGGCCCCUGCGGCCAUGCAGUUCAGCUUACUCGACGGAACAUGAGCGAGGGGGCUACGGGCAGAGCCACGUACGUCUUGAAUCGCUACACGUCCAACGCCAACCACCCUCGACCCGAGUCGUACCGGGAGGAUGUUCUGGUUGCUGCGGAGAUUUUCGAUCGCACAAUGCAAAUGGAUGACGGCAACGCAGCGGCCACGGAGCGACACAAGGACAAGUACUACAACAACGUCAUUGCUGCGGCUGAGAGCGGGUGGGACUUUAGUAGUCGGUGGCUGCGAGAUCCGCUGGAUAUGAAGUCGAUGGUGACCACUUCGGUGGUUCCCGUCGAUCUCAACUCGAUCAUGUAUCGAUUCGAGUGCAACCUGAUGGAGUUCAAUCGACACUUGGGCAACGAAGAGAGAGCACAAUUCUUCGAGCGAGCUGCUGCUCGUCGCCUGGAAGCCAUCGACGCCAUCCUUUGGAGCGAGAAGCACCACAGCUGGAAGGACUACGACUUGGAGACGGACACGCACUCUCCUAUUGUCUCCGUGUCCGACUACACGCCGUUGUGGGCCAAGGCGUUUAAUUCAAGCGACAUCGACCGCCUCAAGCAUGUCGUGACCUCACUCAAGAAUUCGGGGCUGCUGCAGGUCGGCGGUGUGCAGACGACAACAAUUUUCUCGGGCCAGCAAUGGGACUCGCCCAACGCCUGGCCACCGGAGCAGGACAUUGUCGUGGAAGGCUUGCUGGCCGUGAACACCACGGAGUCGCACAGUUUGGCGCGCGAGCUAUCGCAAACAUGGACGCAGACCAGUCUGACUGCGUGGAGGCAGACGGGUUUGAUGUUCGAGAAGUACAACACGUCCGAAGUCGGCGGCUUGGGAACUGGCGGCGAGUACUUCCCGCAAUUUGGCUUCGGCUGGACGAACGGCGUGAUUUUGAAGUUCCUCACGAUCCAUCAGAAUCUUUUGCUCGCCGAGCAUUAG